GACACAACAAAACAAGAACAUAUUAAAAACUCAAUAUUCGUAAUUAAUACACGAAGUUGGCUGAUUCAAGUCCAACAAAAACCAUUAAAAAACAAAAGUACCAAUCAAAAACUCAUUAAAGACAGAUCCUUCUCAGCUAACUUCAUUUUAUCUUCCUUCUCAUCUCAUCUCCCUUAUAGAGACUCAUUCAUCGCAUCUUAAAGGGACACAAGAAGAUUAAUGGGUGGGAUGUGUAUGUCUUCGUGUUGUGGUGGUGGUGGUGACGAUGAUAGUUCCAGUCUAUUAACACAUCUCGUCAUAAUUGUUGUCAUCUGUCUCUCUGUCAUGGCUGUCUGCACCUCCAACGAACGCCGUACAGCCGUUCGUGUCGUCAGGUGCCGUUGACCAACGUUAUAUCAGAUCACAUCUCUACAAAAAAGAUUUCUUUGGAUUCUCUUUUUAUUAUGUAUGUGUUGGUUCUUGAUUAGUGAUGAAUUAUGGUAUAUGGUCUUUGUCAUC